GAAACAUUCUAUUUUUGUAAAUCAAAGAGCAUUAGUGAGUGAAGAGAUUAUACGCUAGUGUGUGAUUUGUAGUGUUUUCGUGACGACAAGAAGCUCUUUAUUUUAGUGUCUCGAAUGUGUGUAAAAAAUUUAGGAUAAAAAAAGGAUUAAUAAAACGUUGCAAGUGAUUGAAAAAACCUGAGAAGAAUCCUGAGAGACACACCCUCAGUCUUGGUAGCUUCCUCUCUCUCUCUUUCCUUCCUUAUCGCCUGAUAUCUGCAUUCUUCCUCUCCCUACCGUCUCGUCACUCGAGCAAUCAUCGCUUUGCAAAAAUUCCCAGCAACGUGAUCAUCAAUCGGGAGGAGGAAAAGAGCUUCCCUGAGAGGAUUGUGUGUAUCCUAAGUGAUUCUCACCGGCCCUAGAUUGUGUGAGAGUGUGAAAAUUAUUUAACGUGAAGUGCAAAAGUUGAACACCUUUUAUUUCUCCUUUUCUAUUAAAUAAUCGCAACGUCGUCCCAAUCGUCACCGACAUAUCGUCGGCAAGUUUCUGCACCCUGAAAUCAACCAGCUGCGUCUAACGACAGGCAAAAUGUCCGUAAGAAUGGAAAAUGUCGCGACGGCGCCGAGAAAACUUAACUACAAGAUGAUGGGAACAAAUGGACCUCGGCCAGCAUACGCAGGCGCAAACAACGGUAGCGCGGGUAGCGCUGGAGCCGGUGUUGGCGUGGGCGUAGGACCAACAGCAGGACAUGGUUUAAAAGGAGGUGCAGGCGGUGCUCCCCGCGGCGGAAACCCUGUACAGUAUCGGGCAGGUGGAGCUGGUGCUUGGGGUGCUGCGCCAUCCCACGCGGCAGCCGCUGCAGCAUUUCCGCAAUACACGAGGUAUCCAACCGCGGCCGCGCAGAUGCCGGUUAGUGCUCAGCAGCUACCACCAACUGCCUAUCCCGCUACUGCUUAUGCGCAACAUGCUAACUAUGGUGGACAAAGAGUACCAACGGCAUCAUCGCCAGCUAAUACGAGUAGCAGCUCUAGCAGUGCAACUGGUAGUCAAAGUGGUACAAUCAGCACAAAUUUGAGUAAUAACGCAAUGCAGGGCCAACAGCCAGAACAGCUGUCCAAAACAAAUUUAUAUAUUCGUGGUCUUAAUCAAAACACCACUGAUAAGGAUCUUGUUAGUAUGUGCGCGCAAUACGGAAAUAUCACUUCUACAAAGGCGAUCCUCGAUAAAAAUACUAAUAAAUGUAAAGGUUAUGGCUUUGUAGACUUUGAAUCACCGACGGCGGCUGAGGGUGCUGUGAAAGCACUGGUCGCCAAGGGCAUCCAAGCACAGAUGGCGAAAAUUGAACAACAGGAGCAGGAUCCAACCAAUCUGUAUAUUGCUAAUUUGCCACUGAACUUUAAAGAAAAUGAUGUGGAGUCUUUACUUGCACAGCAUGGACAAGUUAUAUCCACCCGGAUAUUACGUGAUACACUUGGACACAGUAAAGGAGUUGGAUUUGCAAGGAUGGAGUCCAAGGAAAAAUGUGAGCAAAUAAUUCAAAUGUUUAAUGGAAAAGCUCAGGGUGCGAAAGAUCCACUUCUAGUUAAAUUUGCUGAUGGUGGUAACAAGAAAAAACCGUAUAAAAGCUCAUUAUGGCGUGAAACUGGCGAGAAUAUAGCUAUUAAUUAUGACGCAAGCGCAGUGGGUCAAAACGGUGUGCCAACAGCUCACAUGCUUCCAGCUGCAACCCUUGCUCAGUACAGUCGUCAUUAUGGUCAAGCUGUGCCAGGUUACACUGUUCAAGGAGCACCUUGGGUUACUCCAUACGUCUUACAAACUGGCCCUCCUCAUAUGCAACAGGUUGACAUGAUGCCCUCAGCUGAUCCCAGUAAUCCACAGUAUAGCAUGAUUCCUCAAAUAACUACAGGAAUGUCGGCGCUUCAUCUUGGGACUGGAUCCUAUAUUGCUAGCCCACAUCCGUACCCUUAUCCUUAUCCGGCGCCCAGCAUCAUUCACACCAUGCCUUUGGGCGAUUCUGAACAAACGAGCAAUGCGGCAUCACCUGAUGAUUCUUAUCAACAGUACCAGGCUCAGCAGCCCAAGUACGAGUAUGGCGAAGGUUACAUAAGUUAAAGCAGUGACAAGAGGAGAAUGUAAAAAAGCGAGGGAGAAAAAAAAAUAAAAAAGAAGAAAAAGGUGAUGUAAAACGUUAAAUGAAUAUGCGACCGCAUAAGUUUGAAAAAAAUGAUUUAAUAAAACAGAGAUUUACGUAAAUAAAAAAUAAAAAAAAAAAAAACAUAAAAACAAAAAAUGGAACUUUAGUGUUAAUGAAAAUUAUGAAAACGAGUGAGCGAAAAAAUUGCAAAUGAGAAAUGGAUGCAAAUUAAUAUUUACGAAAUGAAUUCUUCCUCACAAUUUUUGCAGUGAAGAUGAAAAAAAAUAAAAAUUAUUAAUAAACAGUUAGAGAAGAGUGUAAAGGUGAUUAAGAAUGAAAAACGAUAAGAAACUAUAAUAAUUGACUUGCCAGCCAUCUUUUAUACAUUUUAUCUAAAAAAAUAAUUAAAUAAAAACAGGAGAUAAAGUAGGGUGAAAGUAGCUGAUAUUUUGCAACGAGUAGAUAAAUGAUGACUUACAAAUAUCUUUGACGAUAAAAAUCAACUAUUAUUAUGGUGCGAAAAUGUCAUCAUUCAUAAUUCAUUCGCGCCAAAUUAAACUAAUUUUCAUAAGGAUGUUUUAAAAAACAAAGUACGUGAUGUUAUAAAAAAAUUCUUGGAGAUAUCAUGUCUCCAUGGGCCAAUGAUGUUUUUUUUCUUUGUGUAAAAUCAUUGAUAAAUAAUGAGAAUGAGCCACACGUUGACGGGACAGGCUUCCAGGAUAAAUUUAGGUAUUUAAACAAAUCACUUCACUAAGAAGUCUGAGCGUGAGAGAGAGAGAUAAAGUGACAUGUGUUGAUACGGAAAAAUGCUUGAUAGUGUGAACAAACAUUUAACAAAACAAAAAAAGAUUGAAAUUGCAAAAAUCUUUGAGCGGGCAAAUAAUAGAUGUGAAUGAAAAUUUUAAGCGUUAGAAUGAUUGAUAAUUUGUGAGAGUGAAUAAGUGAGUGUAAGAAAUUGUAAACUUUAUUAAAAAUAGUAAAUAAAAAAAAGGGAAUAAAAACGAUAAAAACUACAAAAAAAAA